GUUGUUAACAGAGACAGACCCCAAAAACGUUGUAUUAUAUCGCACGCACACCAUCUUUGAUUCGCAUCUCUGUCUCAGCGCACCUUCUGCAAAUCUUUCCAGAUCUCUAUCCGCCAUGGCCUCUUCCUCCAAUCCCUCAAGCCAAGAGGCUGCUAUACGGAGGCAAAACAAGGGACCCCCAUAUAAGUUCUUGGUCCCUCUUAUCUAUGCUCCUGUACUUCCUCUCAUUCGACUCUCCCUGAGGAAGAAUCCGGUUUUGAGGGACCGUUUGUUUACUAUUGUGCUGGCUGGGGCAUUUGCUCAUGGCUUUUAUUUGGUAACAGAUAUAUACGAUGCCGAGAGCAAGUGAUGCAUGGCGCAUGGGUUGAUCUGUUGGCCUACAGAGUACAGCCAACUAUAAUAUAUUUGCGGAUCUUGUUCAGAUGUUUUGGUUGCACCAUGAGGUUAGGAAGAUUUUAAUAUUGUAUUUUUCUCAUUCCAUUUAUUGUGGAGUGGUUACAGCAUAUUGUACUUUUAUUUUUUACCCUUAAGCCAAAAAUAUGAGAUCAACAUCCAGUGUUGCAUCUGUGGCAGCAAUUUGAAAUAAUUACCAAAUGGACAUGGUGCUUUACUAAAUCAUAGAUGCUCAAUUAUUUGAAACAUUAUUAUUAAUAUUGAUGAUUAAAAUACCAAUGGACCUGAUACGUAUGAGUUA